CCUUUGUGCGGCCCGGGACUGCGCGGCGGCGCGGGGCGGGCGGCAUGAGCGGCUCGGGCGGGGCGGGGGCGUCCGCGGGCCCCGCGCCCCCCGCGCAGGAGGAGGACAUGACCUGGUGGUACCGCUGGCUGUGCCGCCUGGCGGGCGUGCUGGGCGCCGUCUCGUGCGCCAUCUCUGGGCUCUUCAACUGCGUCACCAUCCAUCCCCUGAACAUCGCGGCGGGCGUGUGGAUGAUCAUGAACGCCUUCAUCCUGUUGCUGUGCGAGGUGCCCUUCUGCUGCCAGUUUGUGGAAUUCGCUAACACUGUAGCCCAGAAGGCGGACCGGCUGCGCUCCUGGCAGAAGGCUGUCUUCUACUGCGGGAUGGCCGUCGUCCCCAUCAUCAUGAGCCUGACCCUGACCACUCUGCUGGGCAACGCCAUCGCCUUUGCCACAGGGGUGCUCUAUGGACUCUCUGCCCUGGGCAAAAAGGGCGACGCCAUCUCCUACGCCAGGAUCCAGCAGCAGCGGCAGCAGGUGGACGAGGAGAAGCUGGCAGAGACCCUGGAGGGGGAGCUGUGACUCCGGCUGGUGGCGGCUCCUCUUCGACACCGCCCGGGGGGGGCGGACGGGCCUGGACGGGAGCCCCACAAGGACCCUGCCCCUGGGGCCCUCCUCCGCCCGGCGCCCCGCUGGGCUUGGACAGUGCGGCGUGAUGGCGGCCUGGCUCGGGAGCACUGACUGCCGCAGACUCCACGCCGCCGGCCGUCCACCCCGGGGCCCGGAGCAGGCUCCCCUGGACACACCGGGCUGACCGGAGGACGCGGGUCACCCCAACUCCUCCUACUUCCUGCCCUUCAAGUGGAGCGUGGGGCGAAUGGAACACGGGCCCAGGGGGUGGCCGGUGCUCCGGGAGCCCUCCCUGGCCGGAGCAGGCCUGUGGCAGGGCCCCCUCCCCACGUCCUCGGACAGAACGCCCCACUCCCCGCAGGCCCGGCCCGGCCCCCGCCCUGCCUUAGGCCUCGGUGCUCGGGGAGUGGCGAGGAGCUCCGGGGGGCCCUGCCCUCCCCCGGGGGGCCCUCCCCGUGUCGGCAGCGUCUGCCACUUCUAACUGUAUGGUUGGACCUGAGCCACCGCAGACCUCCCUGCCAGCCUGCCCUGGGAGCUUCCUGCCUUCGGGAAGACGGGCAGGAGCCAGAGCCACCCCCCCCCCCCCGGGGCUGUCCCCUGCCCCAGGGGCCAUGCCGCCGGGAACAAGGCUGCAGGGAAGGGCAUAAAAGCCGGUGUCCAGGAAAUGGCCCUUGUGAAUGCCGCCGCGUCCCCCGUCCGUCCACACCACCCGCCGCCUCCUAUCCGGUGGCCUCGGCCCCGUGGGCCUUGGCCUCGAGACACGGGUCCAGCAGAGCCCGGCAGCACGGGUGGGGCUGUGGGUGGGGGCCUUGGG